AUGGACUUCAUUACGGCUUUGAUCACUACGAGCGGCGCGCUCGCAGCCGGCACCAUUGCGUCUCCGUGGAGCACGGCGGCCGGCGCGCCCGACACAAAUGGAUCGGGCGGCGCCGACGCUAAGCAUCUCGAUGUCGGCGACGCCAGCGACGAUGAGAAGGAUAUGUCGGCGGCGGAUGCGGAAGGAGUGUGGAGCCCCGACAUCGAGCAGAGCUUCCAAGAGGCUUUGGCAAUCUACCCACCGUGUGGCAGACGCAAAAUUAUACUCUCCGACGAGGGCAAGAUGUACGGACGAAAUGAGCUGAUAGCAAGAUACAUAAAGCUGAGAACGGGCAAGACGCGUACGAGAAAACAAGUCUCAUCACACAUACAGGUGCUAGCUAGACGGAAACUUCGAGAAAUUCAGGCUAAACUGAAAGUGGAUGGUGGGAUGAUGAAAGAGAAGGCCCUGCAGUCAAUGAGCACUCUAUCUAGUGCACAGAUAGUUGCGGGCUUACCGCACCCGGCGUACCAUCAUACGCAAUUUUGGCAACCUGGUCUACAAGCUGGUCCUUCACAAGACGUCAAACCUUUCCCUGGAGGGGGUUACAAAGGUGUUCCUGGGGUUGGUGGUGUAGGUGUAGCGACUGGAACAGAUGUCACACCUCCACCCCCCUGGGAAGGCCGCGCUAUAGCCACACAUAAACUCCGCCUCGUUGAAUUCUCAGCCUUUGUGGAGCAUCCGCGUGAUCCUGACACGUAUCCCAGUUCAGCGCCUGCGCAACAUCUUUUUGUUCAUAUAGGCGGUACUGUAACAUAUGCAGAUCCUUUAUUAGAGUCAGUAGAUGUACAACAGAUAAAUGAUAAGUUCCCGGAGAAGAAAGGCGGUCUCAAAGAGUUGUAUGAGAAGGGUCCAAGAAAUGCCUUCUUCCUUGUCAAGUUCUGGGCGGACCUUAACACAAAUAACCUGGACGAUCCAGGGGCCUUCUAUGGAGUUACUAGUGUGUAUGAAAGCAAUGAAAAUAUGACUAUAACAUGUAGCACAAAAGUGUGUUCUUUCGGGAAGCAAGUGGUGGAGAAGGUGGAGACGGAGUACGCGCGGUUCGAAGGCGGUCGCUUCGUGUACCGCAUACACCGCUCGCCGAUGUGCGAGUACAUGGUCAACUUCAUACACAAGCUCAAGCAUCUACCCGAGAAGUACAUGAUGAACAGCGUCCUAGAAAACUUCACUAUAUUACAGGUGGUGUCGAACCGCGACACGCAAGAGACGCUGCUGUGCGCGGCGUUCGUGUUCGAGGUGUCGAACAGCGAGCACGGCGCGCAGCACCACAUCUACCGGCUCGUCAAAGACUGA